GACCACCGAAAGUCAGUACGAAGAAAAUAUGUUCGUCACUUGUGCUUAUAGAACACGGGAAGCACUUCGCCCAAGAAAUACUCGACAGUCCUCGUCCUCUUCCUGGCCCAAGUAUGUCGCGACCAAUGCGGCGACGGGCAGCAGCCUGCCAAACCUGCAGAAAACGCAAAGUCCGCUGUGACAAUGCACGCCCAGCAUGCGGAUUCUGCCAGGCCAACGACUUUCCUUGCGCCUACGCUGAACGUGGAGAGCAUGAAAAAGAGGACCGCAACAUGACCAGAGUAACCGAGCAACUUGAGAAAUUGUCUCGUGAGGUUGAGAAUAUUAGGUCCCUGCUUGCCUCGGGUGCCAGCACAAAUGCGAAUCCGAAUGCAAUUGCGUUCCCACAGAUCUGUCCACCUUCGGAGUGCGGCAUCAAUACUGGCUUCGCCACUGGAGCUGCCGAGUCGCAGCGGGACUAUUUGCAAGUCCCUGCAUGUGGCGGAAGUGCAGACACCAUCCUUACAUGGCCCAUCUUUGGUGGACGGUUCCGCGACAGCUCCCUAGUUACUACGCUCUUCCAGUCCCCGCAUGGGGGCGAGAGCAGCAGGCACACCGACACUUGGAUUGUUCCCAGUGGCUUCCAGUCUCCUCCAACUGAGAAUAUCCCCGCAUUAGUCGACCGGUUCAUCCAGAACGUGCAUACAAAAAACCCUAUUCUGGACUUGGAGGCUCUCGUUCAGUCGGGGCGACGGGCUGCUGAAUUUGGCCUGCAAUGGGAUGCCCACUCUUGCCUUGUGCUUCUGGCCUGUGCCCUUGGGAGUAUCUCACAUCCCUUUACCCACUCGAUGAACGCGUCCCAAAUGGAGAGAUUAUAUCACGACCAAGCGAGACCGGGCUCUUUCAUUCCCGUGUCGGCGGCCGACUUGCGCGAUGGGGAGACUUUCUUCGUACUGGCCUGUCGUCGAAUCGGCCUCCUCCGCCACUCGGUGAUAGGCGCGCAGUGUCACUUCUUUGCUGGUGUCUACCUGAUGUACACCUUUCGCCCACUUGCUGCCUGGAAUCACUUUUCGCAGGCUUCGACGUUUUACCGGCUCCGUCUCCGACUCAUAGAGGGUCUCAGUAUCGAUGACAUGUCCGCACAUGACGCAGAAACCCAGCAUGACUCCGUGGCCCGCCGACUCGAGCAAAGUCUGUACUGGUCAUGCUUCAAAUCCGAGGUCGAGAUACGCGUCGAGCUUCCACUGCCACAAUCUGCAAUAGCGGAAUUCGAAUACCCUACCUUGUUUCCGACCCCGCCGACCCUCUCCGGCGACUAUCCUGGAAACGACCAAUUCCCGCCCGGGUCGCUCGACGAGGAUCGCCGCACUGCACAUACUCAGCAGCAUCGGCUAUUCGACCGACCGGAUCUUGAAGCGCGCCGCCAUAUUAUCCAACUCUUCGAUGAAGAGCAAAGCUGGUACUACUAUCUGACCGAGGUCGCGCUGCGACGCAUCGCAAAUCGCGUUCUCAACGCCUUCUACCGAGGUAACAGGCCUGCGUCGACCUGGUCGACCCUGAAGCCUUUUAUUCCCAUUGCGCUGGAAUUCGAGUCGCAAAUCAAUGCAUGGGCGGCGAACUUGCCUCCCGCGAUGCAGUACUACGGCAAUAAUGCCAAUAGCCCAACAGGUCAUGCAACAGCUGCAGGCGGAGGACAUGGCAGCAACCAUGACUUGCACGAUUCGAUCUCCCUAGAACUCAGUUGGGCCAUCGGCAACCGCUUGCUCGAAAUCCGGCUCUGGCUAUACCAACCAUUUCUUUACUUUGCCAUCCAUCACCCAAUGACCACUGGAGUAGCAGCACCCUCCAAUCUCACCGCGGGUGAGGCAGCAUCGAUGCAGGCCCUGGCCCAGUCCGGUUUCACUUGCUGUAUGCAAAUCCUCCAGGCGCGAUGUCUCCGCCACCGCCACCACGGCAUCUGGUUCGACCUCCGAGCCCUGGUGACCGCCUCGCUGAUUGUCAUUGCGCUCGUCAAGAGUGGGAAUCUGGAUGUGCCAGGGAUUGACCUUGCUGAAGAAGAUCUGAGAGGUCAUUUCACAAAGACCCUUGAGGCUCUGACAUACUGGGAGGAUGAAGCUGCGGAUAUCAAGCGCGCGAGACAGGUGCUGAUGGAGCUGAUCGAAGAAACGGGAUAAUACGUACCAUUUUGUAGUAUUAUGCCCUACGUGGAAGGAAAGAAUAUCUCUAUCGCAAAGGAAUCCAAGUCUGAAUCUUACUUACUUUGGGCAGGUUAACGCCCUUUACGGGUAAUGAAGCUUUUCAAAUCGCAGCGACGGCCAUCGCGCAAAUACUAAGUACAAUAUAUCCUUCCACUAAUGCGUUAUUCCAUUACUCGCUCCCAAACUAUUUGGUCAUUCAUUAAGAGCUUUGUCCACCAUAGAGCGAUACUCCCUCUGUUUACAAGCCUGGUCUAAAAACACCUGAUACUUGACCGCAAGCAGCGCCAUCUCAUCCUGCCUCUCCGUCGGGUAAAAUACUUUGCCCGGUUUGCUCAUGUUCUGCAUCACCUCCCACAGGUCCACUCGUGGCUCGCCCUUAGUAGUAGCGUUUGAGCCUGCACCAUCACCACCACCUGCUGCCAAUGCUGCUGCUCUUGCACCAAGAAUUGCUGCCCCGUGGCAGACAGCCGCGGUGACAUAGUGCGGAAUCACAACAGGCAUGCGGCAUGCCGACGCGAUAAGAUUCACCAGAAUCUCGUUCUGGCACUGCGACCCAGACAUGAAUAUUGAGCGGAUGGCGUGGCCGGAUGCGUUCAUCGUCUCGACGAUGUGGCGCGUCUGCAGGGCGAUGAACUCUAGCGUGCCGUAGUAGUGGAUUGCAAGCCCGUCGAGCGAUGUGUCGCUUGUGAGGCCGACGAUCGCUCCAGUCAUCGUGGAGUCUGCUAGUGGAGAGCGGUUGCCGAAUAAGUCUCCAUAGAAAAAGAAGUGCCGGGCGAGGUAUGCUAUGCUCGAGGCCUCCCUAUCCCGGGCCAUCGCAUACAGGUGGCCAUUCAGGAAUUGGAAAAUGUUCAUCUUCAGCUCAUCCGCAGCAGACACUGCGUGCUUGUAUACUGGGUGAGAUUCCAGAACAUGUUUCAGCAGCUGGCCCGUUGCCGACUGGCCGCCUUCUGCCAUCCAGCAGCCUGGGAAGAUUGUAUCACGAUAGGGGCCCCAGAUCCCCGCGACAAAGACCGCACGCGGGGACAUGGCGAGGUGGCACGUGGAGGUGCCUGCGACGGCUGCCAGCCGGGUAAAUACUCUCGACCGCUGUCGGUCCUUUGUUUUUGCAGUUGAGUUAUUAUCUUCUUCUUCUUCUACUUCUUCCUUCUCCUCGUCGAGGUCGACGUCUGCGCCGAUUGUUCCUAUCCAGCCUGCGUAUGCGUCGAUGACGCCGCUGCCGAUCGCGAUUCCCGCCGGCAAACCGAGUUCCUUUGCGGCUUUAUCGCAGAGUACGCCUGCGAGAUCUCCAGCGUGAAGAUGAUGCCCAGUCUAAAAUAAUCAAAGUCAGCUGCUUGAUCAACCCGUAGUAGAAUGGACGAUCAACUCGCAUCUCCGUCAACACCACCAAUCUGCUCAAACUCACGAGCAGCCAAAUCGCCCAAUCCAAUCUCCUCGAGAAAGUCCCGCUGCCAGCCCUGCGUACUCCCCUCGACCCCCUUGGGAAGGUACGCCUGCUUGCAAACAAGGCUACAGAGGCUCCUCGUCUCCUCUCCACCCGUGGCAAUGUGCGUGAGCGCAUCCACCAAAUCGUAAAACUUGCAUUUCGCAAAGACAUCCGCGGCCAUAUUCCUCUUCAACCAGAGGAUCUUGGGAAUUUCCAUCUCGGGCGACAUUUUCCCCCCGGUAUACCGAAGCACCUUAUGGCCGGUCGCAUUGAUGAUCUCUUCUGUCUCGCGCAUCGCGCGGUGGUCCAGCCAGAGAAUCACGUUGCGGUCCGUGUCAAAUCCGGGGCUGCUGAUGGAGACUGGCUCGUCGGUCUCGCUGUCGAAUACCGCGAGUGAGCACGUUGCGUCGAAGCCCAUGCCGCGCACUUCGUCGGGGUCGAUAUUCCCGUCGGCUAUGGCGCGGCGCACGGAUGAGCAGAUGCUGCGCCAGAUGUCGGUUGUGGAUUGUUCCUAAUGCGAUUACGCAGAAUGUGUCAGUCAGUUCGGUCAGUGCAGUUUGUUUGCGCCAAGCCAAAGGCUAUCGUUCAACUGUGGGUGAAUCGAAUCGCCAGAGCUAGAUACAGCACGUACAUAGUAUUCUUGCUGGGGGUUCCAAAGGCGGAUAUCCUCGGAAGCCAGACUGACAAUGUCGCCGGUGUCGUCGGUGACACAGGCCCGGGCACUGCCCGUUCCGACAUCCACGCCGAUGUAGUAGGAUUUCUGGAGUUGCAUGGUUUCGGAUUGGGCGUGGGUCAGGAAGAGAAAGGAUCAGGAAGCAGGUGGGAAAGCCCCGAGUGCAAGACGAGCCAAAUAUAAAAUCAUUUGAUACAGAACGCGUCCUUCCAUCUCUAGGCUGAGCUGUCCGUCGCCUGCCUUGCACAUUACUGUCUGGCCAUUGUUCGUGGCUACCAUAUUCUAGAACCUGGCAAACACGGGGUUUUCGCC